UGUAUUUAUUUUUGUUUUGAUUGAGAAAACCAUUUCUAUGUGGUUUGCCAUCAAAUUAUUGUAGGAAUAAUGAAAUAAAUUCAACAUUUUCAACAAGUUUUGAAUUACUCUCGAUAAGAGACAAAGCAUAGAAUACCAUAGAAAAGCUUCAAUUCGUUCAAAGUAACAUCAAAAUCAUCUGAAAAAUGCCGAAACGCUACUGUUGUGUGCAAUCUUGUCCGAAUUUUGUAGGGACAUGGGGCGAUAUACGAUUUUUUCUUUCACCAAGAGACGCAGAGCUUCAAAAGAAAUGGGAACAAGCACUCAAUAGACCACCAUCAGCAAAAUUUCGUUUGUGCAGCCUGCAUUUCAAAGAGGAGGAUAUUAUAACGACGAGAUCUGGUACAACAUUGAAAAAAGGUGCCAUUCCGAUACCCGUCCUUGUACCAAAAACAGAAAGUUCACCGGACACUCACAUGGAGAACGUGAAAAUAAUUGAUAUUGCGACAAUUACGAAUGCUUCAAGUACACCGAAUCUUUGUCAAUCGUGCCUUGGUUAUGAUGUGAAAUUACAAGCGGCUCAUGCAAAGAUAACGAGGUUAGAAGAGAAAGUGAUCAAAUUGACAGCCGAAAAUCGAAAAAUGAGGCUUUACAUUCGGGGACAAGAAAAUUUAUCUGAAGAUAAAUUUGAUUCUCGAUUGAAAAAUGUCAAAACGUGUAGUCUUUGCGAAGUAAAAUUGACGGCAGAUGAGUUUGAGCGACAUUUAUGUGUUGAACGAGAGAGCAUCUUCUGUCCCUUAUGCCCACGUACAAAUGCAUUCCAAUCAACGAUUAGCUUUCUUGAUCAUGUUCAUCAGCACACCGAGGCGUCGAUAGGAAUGGACAGAAGAUUUUUGUACAGGUGCAACCAGUGCACUCUAGGAUAUCCAAUGGAACUUUUAUUGGAGUGUCACAAAAGGUCACACAUCACUCAGAAGCCAAUGAGCAUGAACGUUAAAACCGAACCCGCAGAAGCAAUGUCAAUUGACGAAACUACUAAUAACGAUCAAUCCAGUUCUGUUAGCGGGCCUUCCAAUUCAGUCCAUGCCAAAUUAUUCAAAUGCGGACUAUGUGAUAUGGCAUUUGGAUUACCCAAAGAGUUGCAACAUCAUGUGAGAAAAUCCCAUAAAAAAGCAAUGGAAAAGCGCAUCGAGUGUUAUUUAUGCAAAACAGAGUUCGAAACUAUCGAAGUACUUCGCGUUCAUAUGAAACGCCACGAAAGAGACCAUCCAUGUAGUAUUUGCAAAAUGGAUUUAACUCCCAGUGAACUGGGUUCACAUUUGUGUGGCGACGAAAAAAUCGUGACCUGUGAGUACUGUCCAAAUGAAUUUACAGCCACAUUGAAGCUGGUUGAGCAUAUAGAGAUGUCACAUAGAAAUGAGAAAUUUCCAUUGAAAUUUUAUCGAUGUGAUCAUUGUUCGAAGUUCUAUCCUUCGAUCGUCCUGAAGAAACUUCACUUGAAGUCACAUGAACAAGAUGCACCGAAGCGAUUUGUUUGUAAGAUCUGUAAAAAGGCUUUUUCAUCUAAAUAUAGUCUGCAAACUCACAGAAAGUCACACGAUGAGAUGAGAUCUCAUCUCUGCGAGGAAUGUGGCAAAAGUUUUAAGACAGUGCGAGGUUUAAGUUUUCACAGAAACUCGUAUCUUCAUAGUAAAGAGCCGGCAAUGAUCCAGUGUCCCGAUUGUCCUAGGACAUUCAACCAACUUCAUAAUUUCAAAAACCAUAGUGCAGUGCAUCGAGAAGAUAGAUACGUGUGCGAAAUCUGUCAAGCGGAACUUGUAUCGAAAGUAUCGUACAAAAGUCAUCUAAAGAUUCACCGAAGAACCGAGGCCGACCGAAAAUAUGCGUGCAAAAUAUGCCCAAGAAAGUUUUGGGAUCCGAAAACCCUAAGAAACCAUCGGAGCGUACACAAUGGCGCAAGAUUGCACAGCUGCCGAUUUUGCAGCCAAUCGUACAAAUAUGCUGGUGACUUGAACAAACAUCUUCGGACUCACCUUGGCAACGAAAUAUAUGAAUGUUCAAAGUGUCCAAAGCGAUUUAAAUAUCCAAAAGAGCUUCAAAAACACGAAUUCCAGCAUUACAAAGAAGAAAAGGAAGCGGAAGGAACAAAUUCGCCAAAAGAUCCAGAUCUUCGAGCGAAAUGGGAUCAAGCCAUCAAUAGGCCACCAAUAGGCAAUUUUCGUUUGUGCAGCCUGCAUUUCAAAGAGGAGGAUAUUAUAUGGAAGAGCACAGGUGCAGCAUUGAGAUCCGGUGCCAUUCCCAUACCCGUCCCUGUGCCAAAGACGGAAAGUGCUUCAAGUACACGAAAUCUUUGUCAAUCGUGCUUUGAUUAUGAUGUGAAAUUACAAGCGGCUUAUGCAAAGAUUGCGCUCUUAGAAAAGGAAAUGAGCGAAUUGAGAUCAAGAGAAAAUAAACGAAUGCAGGCAAAGAGAAUAGUCAAGAACCAAAUUCGUUCCAAUUCGACUCAAGACACAGAAAAGAAAAUGUGCAGUCUUUGCCUAUGCAACCAAUGUAAUCUUGCAUAUGCAAUAAAAACUUUGUUGGAUUGUCACAAAAAAUCACACGAAGACAACCCUCCUCCGCCAGAAGAGCUUAAUCUCAAAGUUGAAUUCCAAGAACCGAUGUCGGUUGAUGAAACUUCUAAUGAUGACACAAUUCUACCCACAUCUAUGCUCACUGUUGAACUAAACGAGUCGGUCGAAUCAGCCCGACAAUUAAUCCAGCCAUCAACUCAAUCAAGUGCAGUGGACGAGCCUCCUAAGCCAGUGUCACAGGACAAUAAAUUGUUCAAAUGUGGACUAUGUGAUGUGGCAUUUGAGCUACCAAAGCAAUUAUCAUGUCACGUACGUGAAAAUCACGAUUCAAAAGACAGUUUUCAGUGUUAUUUGUGUAAAUUUGAUUUUGCUACUGUCAAACAACUUUGGAUGCACAUGAAACGCCAUGCACGAGACCAGAAAUGUGACAUCUGCAAAACCGAAUUAACUCUCAACGAACUGAAUUCACAUUUGUGUGGCGAUGGGAAAAGUAUUCGUUGUGAUUACUGUGUAGAUGAUUUUACGAUUACAUCGAAGCUGGUAGAUCAUUUGGAAAAGUCACAUAAAAAGAGGAAAAUCCAUCGAUGUGAAAUAUGUUCCAAAGUAUUUUGGAGCAUUGCUCUGAAGGAAUUGCACAUGUUGUCACACGCACAAGAUGCAGCAGUAUCUACACAUGAACAAGAUACAGCAAUGCCAUUUGCUUGCGACAUUUGUUCGAAAGUGUUUUGUAAGAAAUUUCAAUUGGGUCGUCAUAUGAAGACGCACGAUGAACAAAGACCUUAUCUCUGUGAAGAAUGUGGCAAAGGUUUUAAAUCGGCACAGAAUUUACUUUUGCAUAAAACUUCCAUCCAUUACAACGAACCAACACUUCAGUGCCCUGAUUGUCCACGUAAAUUUUUCCGUUUGUGUUUGUUGAAGAGCCACAGUGCCGUACAUCGCAAAGAUCGAGACGAUAAAUACGUGUGCGAAAUUUGUCAAGCCGAACUUGUAUCAAAAUUUUCAGGUGCAAAUAUUGAAUUGGGAUUGGAUAAUUCCAUAUUUUUCAUUCACAUUAAAAUACCAUUCCAUGUUUAUGCUUAUUAUAGUACGCCAAAAGAUCCAGAGCUUCGAGUCAAGUGGGCAAAAAUCAUUAAUGUGGAACCAUCAAUAAAUUAUCGCUUGUGCAGCCUUCAUUUCAGGGAAGAAGAUAUUCAAAUAAAUCAUGAUCAAGGUGUUGUUUUGAAAGCUGGUACCGUUCCAACAUACGUUCGACAAUCACAGAAGCCACUCGAAAAUAACGUAAAAAUAGUCGAGAUUGAAACAAUCAAAGGUGUUUCAAUUAAACCAAAUUCAUGCCAAUCGUGCAUUGACUACGAUUUGAAAUUACAAGCGGCUCAUACAAAGAUAACGAUGUUAGAAGAGGAAGUGAUUAAAUUGACAACAGAAAAUCGGAAAAUGAAGGAUUUUAUUCGAGAACAAGAAAAUUCAACUGUAGACAAAAUCCGUUUGCCACUGAACUACGACGAAAAAUGUAGUCUUUGCCAAGUAAAACUGACAGCAGUGGAAUUUGAGCGACAUUUGUGUGUUGAAAAAGAGAGCAUCUUGUGUCCUUUAUGCCCAUGUACAAAUGCAUUCCAAUCAACGAUUGGCUUUCUUAAUCACGUAGAUCAACACACCGAGGUGGCUCUAGCAACUGACAAAAGAUUACUAUUCAAGUGCAACCAGUGUAGUGUCGGCUAUCCAAUGGAAAUUCUACUGGAGUGUCACAAAAAGUCACAUGUUACACACACCACUCGGACGCCAGAGCCCAAGCCCAUCAAAUUUGAGCCAGAAGAAUCGAUGUCUGUUGACGUAACUACUGAUGAUGAUGAAACGCUUCCGCCAUUAAGUCAAUCAAAUUCUGUUAGCGGGCCUUCAAAGCCAGUUCUAGGAAAUGAUAAAUUAUUCAAAUGCGGAUUCUGUGAUGUGUCAUUCGAACUACCAAUAUUUUUAUCUCUUCAUAUAAAAGAAAAUCAUACUAAGAGAAAAACUCAUGUUUCUAGAUUGCCUAAAGCGAAGAGUGAAUGUCAUGAAGCAAAAACCAUAUUUGUUUUUCGUUUACGUGAGGAAAAUGAAAAUAACACUGAAAAACAGAAAGAAAAGAAAAUAUUCCAGUGUUAUUUGUGCAGAACGGAUUUUAGCACAUUCAAAAGACUUCAAGUCCACAUGAAUAGAAGUCAUAAAAGGAAUCAUAAAUGUGGGAUCUGUAGAAUGGUAUUAACUGCCAAAGAGCUGCGUUCACAUUUGUGUGGUGGCGAAAAAUGCAUUCGUUGCGAAUAUUGUUCAAAUGAAUUCACCACAACGAAAAAACUGCUUGAUCAUUUGGACAAGUCACAUGAAAAGAAGAAACUUCAUCAAUGCGACAAGUGUUUAAAAUUCUUUACAAUGAUAAUUUUGAAGGAACAUCACUUGAAGUCACAUGAGCUAGAUGCACCGAAGACAUUUAUUUGCGAAAUCUGCUCCAAAGCUUUUCCUUCGAAAGAAUGUCUUAAAAAUCAUAUCAGAAUCCACGAUAAGACAAAAUCUCAUCUUUGCGAGGAAUGUGGCAGAGGUUUUUCAUGCGUGCAGUAUUUGGAAUCCCAUAAAAAGACGCAUACUCAAAGAAAUCCAAAAUUCCAGUGCCCAGAUUGUCCGAAGAAAUUUUUGGAAUUGAGCAAUUUGAGAAGACAUAGUAAUCUUCAUCGAGACGAUAAAUACGUGUGCGAAAUCUGUCAAGCUGAACUUAUAUCCAUGCCCUCAUAUAGGAAACAUAAGAAGAUUCACCAGAGAACAGAGGCCGACCGAAAAUAUGCGUGCAAAAUAUGCGAUAAGAAGUUUUUCGAUCCAAAACAUUUGAAAAUACACCAGCGUGUACACACUGGCGCGAGAUUAUUCAAUUGUCGCUUUUGUGAUCAAUCCUACAAAUACACCGGAGACUUGAAUAAACAUCUUCGGACUCAUCUUGGCAAUGAAAUAUACGAGUGUCCAAAGUGUCCGAAGCGAUUCCAAUACCCGAAAGAGCUUCAAAAACACGAAUUCGAGCAUUACAAAGAAGAAAAGGAGGCAAAUCAAACGAUGUAGUUAAUUUACUUAAAAUAAACGAUAAAACAUGAAUGGAAUGAAUAAAAUGUAAAAUGAAAUUUAAA